AUGGCACGGGAACGCGACGGGCUCCUGUCCGAGAAACACUACGAUGAAGACGCCGCGAUUGUCCCCUCCGAUUCAGGAUCCGAUACUGAGCUAGACUUCGAAAGCGGAGGCCGUGUCAGGGAGGGCGACAGAGAUAUCCUCAAAGAAACUGAAGAGCAUGAGAAAUUGUUGCACAAACCGUCGAAGUUCGAGUCAGCACGUGCGACCUUUGGGUUCCGGGAUGGAACGUAUGAUGAGGGAAGCAAUGCAGCCAAAGUUCGGAGGCACAGACGCAGGAAGUCGAGGAAAAGCGGAGCGAGACCUGCAGACAAAGUUUUUGAGAUGGAAAGCGGCUUCAAAGACACCAGUUCCCAGUCCUCUACCGACACCGAGUUUGAGGGCACAAAAUGGGACAGACAUGCUCCUCAAAAAUCCCAUCGGGGACGCCUGACGAUGAUAUACCUGGCCAUUGUCGCACUAUUCGUCGCCUUGCUCUUUGGCGCCUAUAAGGCUUCUACGAAGAAACACGCUCUGACGCCCACGGUUCACCGAUUGACCAGGUACCAUAACGGGACGCACGUUUUCCGACCGACCACAAUACUCAUCUCUCUCGAUGGCUUCCGCGCUGACUUUCUCAACCGCAACAUUACUCCAGCACUCAAUGCCUUUAUCGCGAGCGGUGUGUCGCCCAAGUACAUGCUCCCGUCGUUUCCCUCCGUUACCUUUCCCAACCAUUUCACCCUGGUGACUGGCUUAUAUCCAGAAAGUCACGGCAUAGUCAGCAACCAGUUUUGGGAUCCCGCGUUUGAAGAAGAGUUUUGGUACACCAACAUCAAAGUCUCGAUGCAGCCCAAGUGGUGGACCGCCGAGCCUCUGUGGGUUACAGCCGAGCAUCAGGGUGUCCGCUCUGCAAUUCACAUGUGGCCUGGUUCUGAAGCGCAUAUACCUGACGUGGAGCCGACAUACUUGGACAAGUACAACGGGAAUGAAUCCUUGUCUCGUAAAGUCGAUAGGGUUUUGCAGUGGCUCGAUCUGCCUGGCGACGAUGACGAAGCCCCUGCUGAGCAGGUACACUUACGACCACAAUUUAUCGCUGCCUAUGUUCCCGAUGUUGAUGCCGAUGGACAUCUCUACGGGCCAAACAGCACAGAGAUCAGAGCCACCAUUGCGGAUGUCGACAGCAUGCUGACUUUGCUCGUCGAAGGUCUCCUGACACGCAACCUGACCGAGAUUGUCAACAUUGUCAUCGUCUCCGACCAUGGAAUGGCUACCACGUCCACAAAUCGACUAAUCCAACUGGAUGAUCUCAUGGAUAUGUCCUUAGUCGACCACAUUGACGGGUGGCCUCUUCGUGGCUUGCGCCUGAAGAAUCCAGACCGCGACGUCCCCGUGCUCUACGAACAGCUCUCUCAAGAAGCCGCCAAAUCAGGCAAUUUCGAAGUCUACACUCUUGAAACCAUGCCAGAGCGUUAUCACUUUAACCAGAACGAUCGCAUCGCACCAUUGUGGAUCGUUCCCAAGACCGGCUGGGCUGUCGUGGAGAAAUCCGAUUUCGACAUUGCCGAUGCGCUGAGCACGGGCAGAGAAUAUACGCCGAAAGGACUGCAUGGCUACGAUCACGAGCAUCCGCUCAUGCGAGCUAUCUUUGUGGCCAGGGGGCCUGCAUUUCCACACGCGCCCAACAGUCGAGUACCUGUUUUCCAGAACAUCGAGGUCUACAAUAUCAUGUGUGAUUCGUUGGGCAUCGUCCCACAACCAAACAACGGGUCAUUAAGACUUCCCUUGAAAACCGAAGGCUUGCAUUCUGAGGAUGACAGGCCGGGCUCGGAAGUGGUGGCAGAUCCCGUCGAUGAGAACAAGGAUCAAGAGGGAGACACCCCAGACACAAUCGUGGAUCCCGUCGACGAGGAAGAGCAUCAGGAGGAAGCAACUCCCGACGACGAUCCAGAUUCUCCAGUUGAAGCGCCCACCGACCCUGAAAAGCCAGACGCAGACACACCCGACGAAGAUCAGGAAGAAAAGAAAGGGAGUUGGUGGAAGUUCCUCCACGAAGAGCUCGAAAAGGCGAAACAGUGGGCCAAAGAGUUUGUGGAAUCGAUCAAAGGCAACAAGAAAGGGGGAGGCGAUCCACCCGUGUGA